GACUUGGUCACAUUCCCAUUUUCUCCUUCCAUCGCAGCUCCAGAACUGCUCACCUUCGCCCCUUCUUUUCCCCUUUCCACAACGGCCACAGUUGUAUGGUGAGUGGUGGAAAUCAAGCGGGAAUGGAAGCAGUGGUCAUUGAUGGCUCAGAGUCGCAGGUGGUGGUUGGUCAAGCUGAUUCACUGCACAAGAAAAUAUCUGCCAUUCGCCGUGCAGGACCUUCAAAGCUCCAAGUUCUCUCAUACAUUUGUAUUAAAUAAAGAAGAAGAAAAAAAAGAGAGAAAUCUGUGUUGCUUUUAGGAAUUGUGCUUAACUAGAUGCUAGGAAGCAUUUAAGAACAGCUUGGAUUUUAGCUCCUGAAACGUUUUCGAGACUCAAAAACAUGAAUUUUUCAUGGACAAGUUGUGGAUGUAGAGUAUGGAAAUAUGGAAUCUCUGUGGAACUGACACUGGCCUUGUUUGCGAACAGCAUUUUCAAGACACAUUUUGGAUGGUUUUUUUAAUGGCACAUAUAACUUUGGAAAUGUUAAGGCUAAAUAUGCAAUCAGAUAGCUUUUUCAAAACACUGAAGUUGUUUCCAAACGGGUACACUAGUCUAAAUAGAGUUUGACUUUUGUGAUUGUUUCUUUCUUGAGAUGGAGUUUUGUUGUUCGAUGACUGUCGAGAUGUAAUGUGAAUGAUAAUAGUCAGCAGUUUAAUCUCAACUAGUUGAGAUCUGAGUCAUGAAAUUUGAAAUUUCUAUCAAUGGUCUAAAAUCAACUAACGCCCUUAAAUCAAGCAAAAAAUCACAGAGGUAAAGUUUUAGGCCAAACGGCUUUUAGUGCUAGAACCUUCUCAUUAUUUCUACCUGCGUAGAAAUAGUAUGAGGCGAUGAUGAUUUGAAAUAGUCUAUCCCACAAGUUUCUAGCUGAGACAAUCACAUCCUUCCAUAGUCAGGCCAAAUGUCAGGCUUGAAAACUUUUAAUACUCCCUCCGUCCCAAAAUGAAUUUGUGUUUCUUGUCAUGUUCUGACUUCAAAUUUUAAUGUCCCCCGUGCUCUUUGUGCUUCUACUUCGUAAGGUUCAUAUGAUGGUUUAUAAUGCACUAGGUAAUUGCAGAUUUUGAUGCAACGUUGACAAAAUAUUGGAUUGAUGGACAAAGAGGGAAGAGUAAGUAUUCAAGUUUCCGUAUUUUCUCAAAGGCAGUCAUGGCCUUUUGCAACAGGAGAAUCCGGAGUACAAUAUCAAGAGGCAGAAAUUACAUGACUAUUAUCAUCCAUUAGAAUUUAACCCGUUAAUACCACUUGAUGAGAAGGCCCGGCUCAUGGAAGAGUGGUGGGGUAAAACACAUGGCCUUCUUAUUGAAGGAGGUCUUACAUAUGAUGCUAUUAAAAAAUCAGUGGCGAAUGCAAAUAUUGCUUUCAGAGACGGCGUUGCUGAACUAUUUGAACUUCUUGAGGAGAGAAAUGUGCCCGUUCUGAUAUUUUCGGCUGGUCUUGCAGACAUUAUAGAGGAGGUACUAAGGCAGAAACUGUGUAAAUCUUUCAAGAAUGUGAGGAUUGUAUCCAAUAGGAUGGUGUUUGAUGAGAAUGGCCACUUAUUGCACUUUAAAGGGAAGACCAUUCAUGUUCUUAACAAGAAUGAGCAUGCACUUGACAUGGCUGCCCCUCUUCAUGACCAAUUUGAUGAAGACAAGGGAAUGGUUAAUGAGGAAUCUUCUCUAAAGCAGAGAACCAAUGUUUUGCUUCUCGGCGACCACAUUGGAGACUUAGGAAUGUCCGAUGGUCUAAAUUUUGAAACUCGAAUUUCUGUCGGUUUUCUAAACCACAACAUUGAGGAUUCUCUUGACAGCUAUAGAAAUGCAUUCGACGUUCUUUAUCUGAAUGAUGCAUCCAUGCAUGGAGUGGUAAAGCUGGCCUCUCAUCUCUGUUCUGAGUGAACAAGGAAGAUUUAGUUAGUACCACAGUCACUCUCUUAAUAUCAGGACUGCAAAAGCAGCAUUUGGCCUAGCUAUAUUUAUUGUGUUUGAAAAAUACCAUGGUGCCUUGUAAAUUUCUUCAUAUUUCUUUUUGUUUUUUUUUUGGUUUGGAAGGUAAUAUAUUAUUUAUUUAUUUAUUUAUUUAUCUAUGAAUGAGUGAAUGAUUCUCUCCAAGGACAGUGAGAAUGAACCAUUUGUUGCCUGGAUUUAAUGAAUUUAAUACACCCUG